AACCCUGAAAUGCAUGGGACUGUCCGGCCAACCCCUUUCAACCUUCCAUUAUCUUUGAGGUCCAAACAUAUAUUAUAUAAAUCCUUAAAACAUUCUUAGAUUUCAUUUCACAUACCUAGCUGAGCUGACUUCAUGGACGAAGUCCCACUAGUACCGACUCUAAACGACAUUCAGGCCCUCACAUACUCACUCCCAUCAACCUCAUUGCAUCAACCCGGACAAGAAACUAUUGAUCAAAUAGCUUCAGACAUUGACUGGGUUAGCUUCCUCUCUGCUUCUCCAUUCAUAUUUGGCAACCAAAAGCCCUCAUCAACAAGCGAGUCCCUAACAGCUGAGAAUGGAGGAAGAGGUGAAAAUAGAACUAGAGACAAAGGAAAAGCUAGCAGGACCAAGAAAGUUAAAACAUCAAGGAUUGCCUUCCAUACUAGGAGCAUCGACGAUAUUCUAGACGAUGGAUACAGGUGGCGGAAGUACGGGCAGAAGGCUGUGAAGAACAGCAACCAUCCCAGGAGCUACUAUCGCUGCACGCAACUUACAUGCAACGUGAAGAAACAGAUCCAACGACUCUCAAAAGAUUCAAGCAUCGUAGUUACAACAUAUGAGGGCAUCCAUAACCAUCCUAGUGAAAAAUUAAUGGAGAGCUUAAGCCCACUGCUGAGACAACUGCAAUUCCUCUCAAGAAUCUAGACCUGGUCGCUUUAUGCAUGCAUAGGGAAAAUUCUUGUGUAUAUGUAGUCACGGGCGGAGCCAGCGGGGUCCAGGUGGGGCUGCCCUCGCGGCCCACCCAAAAAAAAUCCCUUAGUUUAUUACUAGUACUUAUUAAAAACUCCAAUCUAAUUUUUUCUUUUGAUAGAAAUAGUAAUUUAGAUCAAAGUAAUACAUCAA